CCUCCAUAUAUAUUCCCAUACAAGCUCUCCCUUUCAAUCAAUCCCAAAUCUGUUUUUCCCUCUUUUCUUUUUGUUGUUUCUUCUUUUGACGUGAUAAUGGUUGAGCCUGCAACAGCAACACAAGCAUUUGCACCAGCAGUACCUCUGCUGAAAGAUGAGCUUGACAUUGUUAUACCAACUAUAAGAAACUUGGACUUUCUUGAGAUGUGGAGGCCUUUUUUUGAGCCUUACCAUCUCAUCAUUGUUCAAGAUGGGGAUCCUUCAAAGACCAUUAAGGUCCCUGCUGGCUUUGACUAUGAGCUUUAUAACAGGAAUGAUAUUAACAGGAUUCUAGGUCCUAAGGCUUCUUGCAUUUCCUUCAAGGACUCUGCUUGCCGUUGCUUUGGUUACAUGGUAUCCAAGAAGAAGUAUAUUUUUACCAUUGAUGAUGACUGCUUUGUUGCCAAGGACCCAUCUGGGAAAGCAAUCAAUGCACUUGAGCAGCACAUCAAGAACCUGCUAUCCCCAUCCACUCCCUUCUUCUUCAACACCUUAUAUGAUCCAUUUAGAAAGGGUGCUGAUUUUGUCCGUGGGUACCCAUUCAGUCUCCGUGAGGGUGUUCCAACGGCUAUUUCUCAUGGCCUGUGGCUAAACAUCCCAGACUAUGAUGCACCAACCCAACUUGUGAAGCCUCUUGAGAGGAACACUAGGCAUGUGGAUGCGGUUCUGACAAUUCCAAAGGGCACCUUGUUCCCUAUGUGUGGUAUGAAUUUGGCUUUCGACCGCGAGUUGAUUGGCCCUGCCAUGUACUUUGGACUCAUGGGUGAUGGUCAGCCAAUUGGACGCUAUGACGAUAUGUGGGCAGGCUGGUGCACUAAGGUGAUAUGCGACCAUUUGGGGUUGGGAGUCAAAACAGGUCUACCCUACAUCUAUCACAGCAAAGCAAGCAACCCAUUUGUGAACUUAAGGAAGGAGUACAAGGGCAUCUUUUGGCAGGAAGAGAUCAUCCCAUUCUUCCAACAAGCUGUCCUCCCAAAAGACUGCACCACUGUUCAAAAAUGUUACAUUGAACUGGCUAAGCAGGUCAAGGAAAAGCUUAGCAAAGUUGAUCCCUACUUUGACAAGCUGGCUGAAGCCAUGGUCACAUGGAUUGAAGCCUGGGAUGAGCUCAACCCAACUGGAGCUUCUCUGCGAAAUGGCAAAGCAGCUUAGAAAAUUUUCAACACGUGCAGAUGCCACAGUCACAUACAUUGAAAGCUUGGAAUGUUCUUAACACAGCUGGAGCUCCUAUGCCGAAUGUCAAAGCAACAUAGAAAAAUCCAUUAGCCACGGACGCAAUUAUUUCCGUACAGUUAAUGAAUUUAUAGUUUUUCUUUAUUGUAUCUUUGUUUAUUUGUUUUCUUCCUCACUAGUUUGGUGAAGUGCUUCAAUUCGCAGAUUUUGGUGGGAUGUAAUGUAAUUUUAUAAACAUUAUGUUAUGAAGUUACCACAAUAAAAUGCAUUAGUUGGUUGGUUUAUCAUUGCUUCCAUUUUAUAAUAAAAUUUAUUCCAAUAUAGGAAUUUUGAAUGGAAAAAAAAAGAGCCAAAAUUAAGCUGAAGU